CCGCGGCGCGCCGUAGUGUGAACGCGGCAGCGCUCCUAACCCACGGUCCGCUGCGCGAAUAAACGAUCGCACGAGACCAAUCAAAUCAAUUACCUACUUUACUUUUGUUGCAAAUUACCGAGGUGAAGGCUGUGUUUUUGUUUGAAAUCUUGUUUUUGUGAGGAAUUAUACUAGAAACCAUGGAGGCGGGUGAUUUCAAAGAUUUCGCUAAGGCGAUGACUGACUACAUCGCCGAGUACUUGGAGAACAUAAGGGACAGGCAAGUAGUUCCAUCAGUGAAGCCCGGCUACCUGCGGCCGCUCGUCCCUGAGCAGGCCCCCGAGCAGCCCGAGCCGUGGACCGCAGUGAUGGCCGACAUCGAGCGCGUCGUCAUGACCGGCGUCACCCACUGGCACUCGCCGCGCUUCCACGCCUACUUCCCCACUGCGAACUCCUACCCCGCCAUUGUGGCUGACAUGCUGAGCGGCGCUAUCGCCUGCAUAGGAUUUACUUGGAUCGCUAGUCCCGCAUGUACCGAGCUGGAAGUAGUCAUGUUAGACUGGCUGGGCCAGAUGUUGGGUCUGCCGGAGGAGUUCUUGGCGCGCUCGGGCGGUGAGGGCGGCGGCGUGAUCCAGGGAACUGCCAGCGAGGCUACCCUCGUGGCUCUCCUCGGGGCCAAGUCCAGAGUCAUGCAUAGAGUUCGCGAGCAACAUCCAGACUGGACCGACUCGGAUAUACUUUCCAAGCUUGUGGGAUAUUGCAAUAAGCAAGCUCACUCAUCGGUGGAGCGCGCCGGGCUCCUCGGCGGAGUGAAAUUGCGCUCCCUGCAGCCGGACGGCAAGCGGCGGCUCCGCGCCGACAUCCUCCGCGACGCAAUCAGGGAAGACAAGGCCAAAGGACUUAUACCCUUCUACGUUGUGGCAACCCUUGGCACAACGUCAUCUUGCACUUUCGAUGCGCUUGAUGAGCUCGGUGACGUUUGUGCGGAGGACGACAACCUGUGGCUCCACGUCGACGCUGCCUACGCCGGCUCUGCGUUCAUCUGCCCCGAAUACCGUUACCUGAUGAAGGGUGUCGAGAAGGCUGACUCCUUCAACUUCAACCCUCACAAGUGGAUGUUGGUUAACUUUGACUGUUCAGCCAUGUGGCUCAAGCAGCCGCGCUGGAUCGUAGACGCUUUCAACGUGGACCCUCUGUACCUGAAACAUGACCAGCAGGGAUCCGCUCCCGACUACCGCCACUGGCAAAUUCCCUUGGGCCGUCGAUUCAGAGCCCUCAAGCUGUGGUUCGUUUUGAGACUGUACGGAGUCGAGAACCUUCAAAAGCACAUUAGGAAGCAUAUCGCGUUAGCACAUCUUUUCGAAAAGCUGUGCUUGGAAGACGAGAGAUUUGAGAUAUUUGAAGAGGUGACGAUGGGUUUGGUUUGUUUCAAAUUAAAAGAGAGUAAUGAGGUUAACGAAGAGUUGCUGAGAACGAUUAACGGACGGGGCAGAAUUCACCUAGUGCCGUCGAAGAUCGAUGAUGUGUACUUCCUGAGGCUUGCUGUCUGCUCACGUUUCACCGAGGAGAAGGACAUCCAGGGGUCGUGGGAGGAAGUCAAGGCUUCAGCCGAUGAAGUCCUUAAGAAACUUAAAAAGUAGACAAACUACAUCGCAAAAAUGUUUAAGGCACACCCUGACCAGAACUACCCGAUCAAGCUCUAAAUACCAAGUAUAUGUUAUACAAAUAGAGUAAGUGUUUGUAAAGCAUGGUGUUCCACUGAGCAGAGUAGUCAAUACAUUGAGAAAUCAGGAUAAUAUUGUAACGGGUACCUAAAUACCUUUAACGAGAAUUAAUUUGUUUUGGACACUUUUACUGGUCAUGAUCAGGGAUAACUGAAUAAUCUAGCAGAUGUCAAAAACAGAGAUAUAGGUAGGUAUAUUUCUUUAACUAUAUAGGUAUCACGAAUUGAAAAUCCCCACACUUACAUCAAACAGUCUAAAUUAAAGGUUCUUAUACUUAAAGUAUUCACGACAUAACCGGUAACACAUAUUGUGAGUAUAAAGCGGUACCUAAUUCUGUAAUUAUAUGAUAUUCUUAAUAUUUAACAGUAUCAAUCAGAUUGAUUUACGUUACAAGGUGCUAAUUUAUAUUAAGCAUACAUUUAGUCAUAUUUCUUCAAAAUAUUAUUAUUAUAUAUCAAGUGGGACCAUCAACAAGGGAUAAAUAAGUAUAUUUUAUUAACUUUAAGGCGAAAAUAAAUUUCAAAACUGCAUUUUUGACAUACCGGGGACCUACACCACAUCAACAUAAUAUACCUAUUUCUAAACCCUUUUCUCUCUCAUAUUAAUAGUGAGUGUUUCGUUCGAUACGGCGCAAACGAUUGGCGUCUUGGCUAGGCACCUGGUAUUGCACGUACCCCAUAGAGUUAAAUAAUCUUUUUAAAAGUACCUUAGGACUACAGGCACUAACUACGAGUAAAGGCACUUUAUGUGGGUGCACUUUCCCUGCGUAACUUAGAAAAGUGCGCUUGUUUUGUUUUGGUUGUGUUGUUGGCAACAAGUCAAAAAACAUUGUUUUUAUUUGACUUGUACUAUAUAUUACAUUACAUUAGUAAUGUAUACUGUAUUUAUAUACAGAUGUAGUGCAUAAUUAUAUUCCUUCGUAUUUUCACGGAAAUAUACGAACGUGUCUUGCUAUUUCAGUCAGUCUCGGUACAAAAAGUAUGAGGUUGACUGAUGUAGCAUGACAAAUGUGAAUGAUUCCGAGAGAGUACGAAGGAAAAAAAUUAUGCACUCCAUCUGUACUUCUAUGACUGUGUAGUCUAUGUAUGUGACCUAAAUGUUAUAUAUAUUUAUAUGUAGUGUGCGUAAUGUGUAUUUAACAUACCUGUACAUCUACUAUAGGAAAUUUACUUUUUAGCUGUUCUGAUUUUACGAAGAAGUUAAAUAUAUAUUUAAACUUAUUAAGACAAUAAUGCAAAUGAUGAUAAUAUUGAUAAUAAUAAAGUUAUAGAGUUUUCAAAACUUGCCUUGGACGAGUAAAUAGACAUAUACUUGAACCUGUGAUUUCUUGCCACGGUUGUAUUUGAGGCGUUAUACUGUAAUUUAAUUUCGAGACAUAGGUACCUUACCUAGUGUGAAUGAUUUUCUCCUAUUUUAUUUAUUUAACACAUUUUAAAGUACUUAAUUUAUUAGGAUAUGACUUUUCUUCUUGUUACCUAUUUAACUGUACCAUGAAGGUCGUAGAUGUGAUUAUAUAUUGUAUUUAAAUACUUAAGUACGAAAAAUAUCUACUGUAAGUAGCAUAUUAGUACAGGCAUAUUUCUGUCUGAAUGUUAUCGAAGUGAGCAUGUUAUCUGGCCAAUAGUUAAGAAUGUAAGUAGUGACUUAUUUAUUAAACUGAAUAUUAAUACUAAAAAUAUAAAUUAUAAAAAUAUACGAGAGUUAUAUCAUA